AUGCUGCGACAGCUUCGUCGAGCUCGCCCAUCGCCUUUGCGCACGCUCUCAGCCCCACUACUACCAUCAGGUCGGAGGUUCCAGAGCAACACCCCUGAUCCCAAAUCAAGCCCCACAUCAUCGUCCUCCUCGUCCUCGUCCUCGUACUCGUCCGUCAACGCGGACGAAGUAGCACACUUCAAUGCUCUCGCCGCCUCCUGGUGGGAUCCCCACGGCUCCUCCCGCAUCCUGCACCUGAUGAAUCCUCUGCGCCACGACUUCAUCCGCGACUGUCGCGCGAGUGAGCCGGACCAAGCACCAUCACCCGCGCGCAAGCUCCGCUACCUCGACAUCGGCUGCGGCGGCGGCAUCUUCGCCGAGUCUGCCGCCCGCCUGCCCACCACCGAGUCCGUCACGGCCGUCGACCCGACCCCCGAGGUCCUGAGGGUUGCACGCUUGCACGCCGCCAAGGACCCGUCGCUGGCUCCCAAGUUGACGUAUGUCAGUGGCGCCAUCGAGACGUUGCCGCUGCCGGCCACCGACGAGGCCAAGUACGACAUCGUCAGCUUGUUCGAGGUCGUCGAGCACGUCGACAAGCCGUCGGCCUUCCUGGACCGGUGCGGCGAUUUUGUGCGCCCGGGCGGCUGGCUGGUGCUGAGCACCAUCGCGCGGACGUGGACGAGCUGGUUCACCACAAAUUUCAUGGCGGAGGAUGUACUGGGUGUUGUGCCUAAGGGGACGCACGACUGGGAUAAGUACAUCAACGAGGAGGAACUUAGGAAUUUCUUUGCUAGGAGGGAGGGGUGGAGUAGCCCGAGGGUAAUGGGUGUUGUGUACGUGCCUGGUCUGGGCUGGAAGGAGGUUGCUGGUAGCGAGAAGGUUGGGAAUUACUUCUUUGCGCCCAAAGCAUCUGCUCAUAUCGAGGACCUUCAUGAGUUUCAGCUUUGCUCACCACCCGGCAUGAAGUACCAGUGGGCCAAGAGCAAGGGCAAGGAAGGCCACGACAGCUUCCAAAGCAUGCGAAUGAUUCUCGAUUCACAGCAUUGGGUGCUAUAUUCCCGCCUUGCCACCCUCCUGCCCAUCCCGGAUGCGGCCAGCCAAAAGGGCAAAAAUUGGGGGGUUGACGAUUUCGACCCCCUAGACAGGACCAAGCACCAGAAGAUGGCGAGUGAAAUGGAUGUCGAAAAGGACGCGGCCAACAACAUCCUCGGGCGGCUAGACACUUCGACGAGCAGCGACAAGAUGGAGAAGAUCUCAAUUGAGAAGGCCUCGAUGGACGAAGAGAAGACUGAGACAGGCACCACGGACACCGCAAACGGCGAUGAGGCAAUAUACGAAUCCAUCAGGCCAGCAACGGCUACAUCUGCCGGCGCCAGAGCCACGGGGAGGUCAGCAGUGAGAACACGCUCAUCCGGAAGGUCGACGAGGUCCCUCAGCCGCGUGCGAUCUUACAACGGGUACGGCUGCGACGCGGACGAUGAUCCGGACUCGUCGUCAGGGGACUCGGGCAACGACGCGGAGAAGGGCCAGGCUGGGGCGGCGGGGCGCGAGAAGGACGACUUUGAGGUGAGCUUCGAGGGCGGCAACGACGACCCGUGGUGCCCGCGGAGCAUGAACACGGGGCGCAAGUGGGCGAUCGUGGGGAUCACGUCCAUGGGCAGCUUCUGCGUGACGUGCGCGAGCUCCAUCUACACGUCCACCUACACGCAGAUGGACGCCGAGUUUGGCUGCUCGCGCAUCGUCGCCACGCUCGGCCUGUCCAUGUUCGUCCUGGGCAUCGCCCUUGGCCCCAUGUGGAGCCCGCUGUCCGAGUUCUACGGCCGCCGGCCCAUCUACCUGGCUGCCUUUGCCGUCUUCACCAUCUGGAUUAUCCCAUCUGCUGUGGCGCGGAAUAUCGAGACCGUGAUUGUCAGUCGCUUCUUCCAGGGAUUGUCGGGCAGCGCGUUCUUGAGCGUGUCUGGUGGCACGGUUGGGGAUCUCUUCACGCCCGACCAGAUGCACUACCCGAUGAUCAUGUUCACUGCGUCGCCAUUCCUCGGCCCAAGCUUCGGACCUAUGAUCGGGGGAUUUAUUAACUCUAAUGUGAACUGGCGGUGGACUCACUAUAUGCUCAUUAUCUGGGCAUUCAUGAUAUGCCUAGCACUUGUGGUUAUUGUGCCGGAGACGUAUCACCCUGUCGUGCUGCGCAACAAAGCCAGGAAAAUCCGCGGAGACACCGGGGACGAACGGUGGAAGGCCCCCAUCGAGAAGACGAACAAGUCCCUCAUCCGCACCGUGGGGCUUUCGCUCCUGCGGCCCUUCCAGAUCCUGAUCUUCGAGCCCAUGGCGCUGAUCUUGAACCUCUACUCGGCGAUCCUUCUGGGCAUACUGUACCUCUUCUUUGGCGCCUUCCCCCUGGUCUUCCAGGGCACCUACGGCUUCAACCUGUGGCAGACGGGGCUGACCUUCCUGGGCAUGCUUGUUGGAAUGGUCUGCGCCGCCCUCAUGGGCCCGCUCUGGGUCAAGAUCCGGGCGCAGCUGAUCGAGAAGAACGAGAGGCUCACAGGUGUCGAGGGCAAGGCCGAGCCCGAGUACCGUCUCCCGUCCGCGAUACUGGGCAGCCUCUUGGUGACCAUCGGUCUAUUUUGGUUUGGGUGGUCCUCAUUGCCGUGGGUCCAUUGGAUCAUGCCGAUUAUCGGCUCAGCUAUUUUCGGCGCAGGGCCACCCAAACUUGGCCCGUCCGUCGUUAUCGACGUCGUUCGGCCCGUCAGCCUCAGCCGUCUGUGGCUCGAGAGCUCUGUGCGACUGUGGCACGCGAGGGAGAGACAAGGAAAAAGACGGCCCACGAGCGUACCAUUGAAUCAUGGGCUGGUCCCGUCCAAGGCGGGCUUUGCCACGCCGUUCCCUCGCAUGGUGUCUCUCUCUUCCCUUCCCGCUUUUGCUGUGAAUCUCGCAUUCUGCAUAUCCGGGACGCUGCGACUAACCGAUUGGAAACCUGUCUCACAGACACUGCUUGUUUUUUCCGGAACAUUCAGCUACCUUGUCGACGCCUAUCCUCUCUACGCGGCGUCAAGUUUGGCCGCAAACGCACUGGCUCGGUGCUCUUUCGCAGCUGCUUUCCCUCUGUUCGGGCUGCAGAUGUAUGAAAAGCUUGGUAACCAGUGGGCGACAUCGCUGUUGGCGUUCCUGACGGUAGCUAUGCUGCCAUUCCCAGCAGACCUGGUACCCCUUCGUCAAAAGUCCCUCCAGACACUCGCCCAGUAG